GACACAGGAAGUGUGGAGGUAAACAGAAGCGACGGUGUUUCCAUGGAAAUAUUUUAUACUCUCUGCAGCGUGUAUCUUGUCGCAAAUCUGUAUUUUGUAGAACUACACAGUUGGUUCCAGCAUUCGGUUGUUUUAUGAGCUACAGGCAGUGUGUGAGGUGAGGAGGAUGGCCGAUGUGGUGUUAGGCGUUGGGACAGGUGUGUUUAUCAUCGCUUUAAUCUGGAUAGUGACUCUCGCGCUCACCAUCGUUCUGUCGCGCGCAACCGGCCCAACAAAGUUAGGAAUAAUUCCUAUAUUUCUUCUGACGCUCACCGUCACACUGGUUUUAGUGUUCUUCCCGCGCGCCCCUGAAGUUCCUUCCCCUGAAAAAGCAGUUCAGAUAGUGGACAUGUUCUUCAUCGGCCGCUACGUGCUUCUGUCCUUGGUGAGCGUGGUGUUCUUGGCAGCCCUGUUCAUGUUGCUGCCCUUACAUUUCCUGGAGCCCGUGUAUGCCAAGCCCCUGAACACACUAGACCACAAGGCUUCAUGUGCCAAACUCCUACAGAUAUCCUAAAGCGGGGCAGCCAACCUGGCAGCGCCGUUGACCAACGAGCCCCUCUUGAGAUGAGAGGACAGCAGAAGGUUCCAGGGCUUUUGUCUUCCUGUCCAAAUCAGAGAUGUCCACAUCUCUCUGAGAGCGCAGCACAGAGGGGUCUGAAUGCAGCAUGUGCAGUGCUAACGUUUUCAGAAGGGUGUGGUUGGGUAAAGUUUAGAUAUGUAAUUGGAAAAUUAAGUUUGUUUUUCUAAAGCCUCUUUUUCUGAUUUGCAGUUUUGUAAUUUUAAAUGUAGUGCAUUUUUACUGUUUAAAAUAAUGAAUACAUCUUAUUUUUAUGUCAAAUUUCUAGUUUGCCCAUUUCUUUAAUUAGUGGUGUUGGCUAAGGAGAGCAUUAGGAUUAGUGUUUUUUUCACUGUGACCAGAUCAGUGAGUCAGUGGGUAAGAAACAAGAAACAGAUCAGUCUGAUUUGUAAACGAUUAUUAAGUCAAUGAGUCAAUCACCUGAUUCAUGGGUGACAACGUAAAACAGAAGAUUAAUUCCCAAAUCCAACAUCAUAAGCAUCACUUUUUUACUAUUGCUCAUUUUCGGAGAUAAGUUUUUUUCCAACUUUGACCCAUAACUCGCCCGUAACCCGGCAUCAUAAAUUGUGGUUCUUUGAGGAGUGAUGCUGUUUUACUUUUCAGAGUGACUAGAUGUAGAUUAAAAAUAAAUGUACUUUAUUGGCAUUUAUGGUUCCAUGAAGAACCUGUAACAUCCAUGGAACCUUUCCAUUACAUAAAAGGUUCUUUUUCUUCGCACUAAGAAAAAAAUGUUAUUUUAAGAAAUGUUCACUGAAAGGUUCUUAAGGGAACUGAAAAUUGUUCUUCUAUAGCAUCAUAGCAAAACCACUCUAUUGCAGCCUUUAUUUCUAAGAGCAUAAUACACAAAAUCUCAAAUAUACAGUUAUCUCUUA